GCAGCAGCAGUAGCAGCAGCCUCUGGCGUGCAAGGCCUGGACUCCCCCAGAGUGAGUGAUGCCCUAACCCCAGCUUCAAGAUGAAAGGGAAAUACAAAGGGAGUCCCUCCCGGUGGAGCUCGACCAUGUCGCUCUCAGUGCGGCCCCAGCGGCGCAGUCUGGUGGCCAGGAUCAAUAGGAGCCAAUCGUUCGCUGGUGUCAACUCCACGCAGGACAAAUCUUUCAGGAAUUUCCCUGUGUUCAGCACACCAACAGUCUCCAGGAAGUCUGGCUCCAGAGUCAGUAGGAUGUUUUCAAUGUCCCACAAGUCCCCUCCACCCAAGGUGCCCCAGCCAGAGCGACUCGACGAAGUGUACGAAGCACUGAAGAAGGGGCUGACUGCUUAUCUGGAAGUGCACCAGCUGGAGCUGGAAAAGCUGAGCACCCAAAUCCGGGAGUCCAAGAGGAAUUCUCGCUUGGGCUUUCUCUACGACCUUGAUAAGCAAGUCAAGUCCAUUGAGCGGUUCCUGCGGCGUCUGGAGUUUCAUGCUAGCAAGAUAGAUGAGCUCUACGAGUCCUACUGCAUCCAGCGACGGCUCCGGGAUGGAGCCCACAACAUGGUCAAGGCCUACACAGCUGGCUCACCUGGCAGCAAGGAGGCCCGCGAGAGCUUGGCUGAAGCCGGCAAGGGCUACAAAGAGUACACGGAGAACAUGUGUCUGCUGGAGAGCGAACUGGAGAGCCAGUUGGGAGAGUUCCACAUCAAGAUGAAAGGAUUGGCUGGCUUUGCUAGGCUCUGUGCUGGGGACCAAUACGAGAUCUUCAUGAGGUACGGACGCCAGCGAUGGAAGCUGCGAGGCCGCAUUGAGGCGAACGGCAAGCAGGUGUGGGACAGCGAGGAGAUGAUCUUCCUGCCCCUCAUCACAGAGUUCCUGUCUAUCAAGGUAACAGAGCUCAAGAGCCUGGCCAGUCAUGUGGUGGUAGGGAACGUCUCCUGUGAGACCAAAGACCUGUUUGCGGCACUGCCCCAGGUGGUGGCUGUGGAUAUCAAUGACCUGGGCACCAUCAAGCUGAGCCUGGAGGUGAACUGGAACCCCUUCGACAAAGAGGACCAGCCGUCGUCUGCCAGCACUGUGAAUAAGUCGUCCACAGUCAACAAGAGAUUCUCCACGUAUAACCAGAGUCCACCUGACACGCCCUCCAUGCGUGAACAAGCCUUUUAUAACACGUUGCGGCAGCAGGAAGAGAUGGAGAACGGGGCCGCCUGGUCCAUUUCUUCGGAGUCGUCGGACGAUUCCUCCAGCCCUCAGCUGUCGGGAGGCGCCCGCCACAUGCUGCCCAGGCCUAUCGUGCAACCCGCCGUGCAGACCGCCGCACCCGCCAUAGAAAUUGCCUUCACCCAGCCAGAGGACAAAGAGCCGCCAGCCCUUCGAGAGGAGGUGCCCAUGGCGAACGGACAUGUGCCCUAUGCCCGGACUCUUAGCCAGAUCAGCGAGGCCAGUGUGGACCUCCCGGUGGCGGAGGACAGAGAGUGUGAUGUCGCCAGAGACUCUAGUCCCAGGGAGCUGCCUGCCCUGGAAACGAACUCCUUGCCCCCAUGUGUGGACUCGACCCUGGAUGCUCAGAUCAGGGAAGGUGGAGAACAGGAGGCUGAGGCUGAUGGGGCCGCCCCCGUUGCAGAGGGCAGCGGUGAGGGCGCCCCCUCUCAAGGCCCAGAAGCUGAGACACCUCUGUCCCUGCUGACCCUGCCGCCGCCAGACCCAAAGGAGCUUCCGCCAACAGGAGUCUUGGAGGCACCAAGGCCCAAACCUGUGGACUGUGGGCUGGAGGAGGCCAUCAGCUGCCUGGCCUCCGCUCUGGAUGACUACCGGGGACAGUUUCCCCAGCUAGAGACCUUGGAGCAGGAGCUCAAGCACCUAGAAGAGAUUCUCUUGCAGAAGCAGGGUGUGUGCCUGAGCCGGGCCUCGAGCACCAGCCUGACAGUGGAGCAUGCUCUGGAGAGCUUCAGCUUCCUCAACGCUUCGGAUACCGAAGAUUCGGAGGGAGAUGACGACGGUAAGGCCAAGAGUGCUCAGCCCGCAGCCUUGGGCAGGGUACCGGGAGCCGGCGAAGCUGUUGCCGAAGACACUGCUGGGGGGUUGAAUUUGGAGGGUGGCUCAGAGCCAAUGAGCACCGGCGACGAGUUCCUCGACCGAGCCUUGGUCCUGCACCUGAAUCACUGCAACCGCCUGCUGCUGAAGCUGGGCAAUUUCGGACCCCUCCGUUGCCGAGAAAUGUACGCGCUCGACAGGCUGUCGAGGGAAGCACAGGUCCUGGAGAUGGUCUGCCGCCGGGCGGAGGAGCAGGCCAGGACAGCCAACUCUGCUGCGGAAGUGGUACAGUUCUCUACGUGGAAGGAGGGAGUCUUGCCUUUCUGGGACAGCUGUGUGGCCAUCCCUAAUGUGUACACCUGCCCCGUAGAAAGCUUCCUGCAGACACUCAAUUCCCAGUUCGCGGCCCGAAUCAACGAGCGCCAGCAAGGGCUGGCAGAUCCAGUGUGUGUGAAGCUGGUGGAGGAGCUUCUGCAACGGAGACUGCCCAGGCGCCACGGGAGCUGCCAGACAGAGCAGGUCACCCUCUUCCAGUAUUGGAGCCACUUUGAGGUGCUGCCGGUCUUAACGCUGGACAUGUACAUCCUGGAGUUGGCGGAGGAAGUGUUGCUAGCACAGAACCUGAACUCGGAUGACCAAGACGUGGUACUGAAGGCUCUGAAACGAGUUCCCGAGAGCCGGCUCCGCAAGGACGGGCUGAAAGCCUUGAGCCUGCUUCUCGUCGAAGGAAACAGCAAAGUCGUAGGGGCUGUGUCGACGCAGCUGCGAAACCUGUCGGAGAACUCCAGCUUCCGGGAGCGGGCCCUGGUUUGCUACCUUGAGCAGCUGGAGGAUGAAGAGAUGCAGACGCGGAUUGCUGCCUGCGCGGCUCUGGGCUGCCUUAAGGCCAAGGAGAGUAUUGAGCAGCUGGUGUACCUGUGCCAAACCGACAAGGAGGCCGUGCGAGAAGCAGCCAAACAGAGCCUCAUGCUGUGCGGGGAAGAUGGGAAAUCUGCUCACCGACGACUGGAAGAGUCUCUUGACAGCUUGCCACGGAUCUUUGCCCCAGGAAGCAUGGCCAGCACCGCAUUCUGAGGGCUGCCACACCGAUCUACCUGCAGAAUCUUUGAGGGCACAGCCCUUGCAUGCCGCAGAACUUCAUGCAGACUGGGGUCCAACCGGUGUGCCACGGACUGGGCAGCUCUUUGGCGCAUGCCGCACAGCAGUAUUAGCACCGCCUGCACACUGCCUUAUGCAGAGGAUGCCUUUCCAUAGCCCCUCCGGCUGCUGCACCUCUGGAGUUAAUGUGAGCACAGGACAUUGAGGAAGCCCCCAUUUGUUUCUUCUUCUUUUUUUUAAGAGAGAGUUUGGGCUCCCUGUUAUUAGCCUUGACCACUAGGCCCCUUCCUUGGGGGAAAUGACAACAAUUGAACAUUGCUGGCAUUGGCAGAAUGUCCUCAAUUGCAAAGGCCACCUCCCAUUUGAGAUAAGCUUGGGAAAAACUGUGUGCUUGAAGGCCGACUUAGUGUCCAGCUUGUUCUCAUCUUGCCCGUGUCAUCCACCCUCUGGGGCUGUGAAUACUGCAGGAAAUUGGGCCCAGGUAUAUUCUGCUGCUGAUAGGCUGCAAAUCCCUCUCUCGGCUGUGAGAGGAAGAGAGCACAAAGAUUACAGGAAGGAGUCCUCUACAUUCCAGUGAGGAAGGGGGAAGAGAUGGUUUUCAGCAAGGAUGCUGUAGAAGACAGAAGGGACAUGAAUAGGCAGACGCUGCCAAUUCUUGGGCUAUUUUAUUAUUUUUUAUUUACACAUGGGAGGGGGGAAAUUGCAGACAAACGAAAGCAAAAAGUCCCUUUUCUAUAAAAUAUCUAUAAAUUUAUCUGUAUAUCUACAUAGAUAUAUAAAUAUAUAUAAUGUAAUUAUCAAGAGGUUUGGCUAAUUUUGACUUUAAGCCUGAAAUAAAAAGAAGUUUCAACA